CUCUCAACUUUAAUCGUUGGUCAUGUCUGCGUUUGAGAAGCUUGGAGUCUGCCCAGAAAUCAUCGCCGCCGUAGAGGAACUUGGCUGGCAGCUGCCCACCCCUGUUCAGAACGAAGCUAUUCCGCUCAUUCUUGGAGGUGGUGACGUAUUGGCUGCCGCAGAGACAGGGACGGGCAAGACUGGUGCCUUUGCUCUGCCUGUCGUUCAAAUUGUCCAUGAGACGCUCUCAGACCAAGUCUCUCUCGGUCGCUCUGCCGCCUCGGCUCCCAGCUCAGCCGCCAGCUCGGCCGCGAGUUCGUCCUCGACUGAGAGUGUUGUGCUCUCGACCCAAGAUCGUGAUCUGACGUGUGCCAUUGCUGACAACGGGCUGACGGUUCAGUCGCGGGCGGCGUACAAUUGGGCAGGGGCGAGGGCGAGCUGUGGCUUUGUGGAUGGCGCGGUGUACUUUGAGGCAAAGGUGACGGACGAGGGGCUGGCCCGGGUCGGGCUGGCGACAGAGACCGCGACGCUCAACCUGGGUACGGACGCCGGCUCGUUUGGCUUUGGCGGGACGGGCAAGAAGUCGUACAAGCGCAAGUUUGAGCCGUACGGCGAGCCGUUUGGCCUCGGCGACGUCAUCGGUGUCAUGCUCGACAGGACUCAGCGGACGGUCGGCUUCUCCAAGAACGGCACUCUGUUUGGAACGGCGUUUGACAUCCCUCCCGCGCUCGACGGCGUUGCCAUCUUUCCGGCGGUCGUCCUCAAGAACGCGGAGAUGGUGUUCAACUUUGGUGCGACGCCGUUUGUGCACCCGCUGCCGUCGGGCUAUGUGGCGGUCGACAGCGCACCUCCGGCCUGGCGCGUCGCCGGCGGGAGUGUGGCGCCUGCCGAAGCCGAGCACGCGCCUGCUUGCCUCAUUCUGGAGCCGACCCGCGAGCUGGCGGAACAGGUUGUUGAGCAGAUCAACGCGUUUGGCAAGUACCUGCCCGAGCCGCAGCUCCGGACGCUCCUGUUGACCGGCGGGAGCAACGCCAAGGAGCAGGCUGCGCGGCUGCGCCGCGGGGUGGACAUUGUGGUGGCGACGGCCGGGCGGGCCAAGGAGAUGCUCAAGAACGGGGCGCUGAGCCUCGCCUCGACACGGUUCUUUGUCAUGGACGAGGCCGACGACUUGCUCUCUGCAGGUGACACGGCGGCAUUCAUUCGCAGCGUGUACGCAGCGCUGCCGCUGACCCGACUCCGGGUCCAAAUCAUGUGCUUCUCGGCUACGCUCCACACCCCAGUCAUCCGCACCCUCGCCGCAGAGCUGAUGCAGCACCCGACUUGGGUCGACCUCAAGGGCCACGACUUGCUGCCGGCCACGGUCCACCAUGCAGCAGUGCGGAUCGACCCGCGUGUGCUCCGGGUCGACAAGUCGCGGCCGGUGUUCAAGGCCGACCGGGUCCAUAAGAAGGAUCGAGUGCGUGUUGGCGGGCCGACCGACGCCGACGCCUCGCACACCAUCAAGCUGCUCAAAGUGCAGAUCCUCGUUGAUCUCAUCGACACCUACGCCAUGGACCAGGCCAUUGUGUUCUGCAGAACCCGCCUCGACUGCGACACCGUUGCUGCCUACCUCAACAGUCUGCCGGUUGUGGCCGGCGGGCAAGCGUCGGGUGUGUCCAAGUACGCGGCGCUUGCGCUGCACUCGGGCAUGAACGCGAAGCGGGCGGCCAACCUCGAAGCAUUCAAGGCCGGCAGCAUUCGCUUCCUCGUCUGCACCGACGUGGCGGCGCGCGGCAUCGACAUCUCGGGCCUCCCGUUUGUGAUCAACUACACGCUGCCCGACGAGGCUGCGCAGUACGUCCACCGCGUCGGCCGCGUCGGUCGCGCCGACACCCUCGGUCUCGCCAUCUCGCUCGUGGCGUCGACUAAGGAGCGUGUCUGGUUCCAUACUUGCUCCUCGCGGUCGGGCAAGUGCAGCAACACUGCGCUCGUCAGCGACGGCGGCUGCACCAUCUGGUACGACGAGCCGGCGCUCCUCGGUGCCAUCGAGGACCUCAUCGCCGAGGAAAUCCAGUUCAUGGACGCCCAGUACCGCCUGCCGCACCUUGACGCCGCUCCGGGCUCGAUCAAGUACGGCGAAAAGGUGGACGUGGUCGAAGCGCCGUCAUCGUCCGCAAAGUACAUCGACGCCCUCAAGCCGACCGUCAAGACACUCGCCCAGCUUGAGCACAACGCCCAGGUCUCAUUCCUCACCAUGGGCGCAGAGUUUGAAGGCGUGGCACUCGCAUAGCAGCAUAACACCCUCCAUCACACGCC